CUCCGAACACUCCACAGAUUUGUGACUAUAUAAGAGCCAUGAUGCCAUACUGAAUGACCACCAUCUUCAUCUUCUGGCAAGCAUCAAAGACUCGGUUUCAUCUACACACAGCAUCGACUCCAAUCAUUCAAUAUGGUCGCCACGCUCAAGCUUGUAAGCCUCAUGGCUAUCCUCCCUUCCGCUCUCGCCUGCUUAGGUUACAGUGGAGGAAUUCCCAAAGCAACCUCGACCAAGACUAACAGUAAAGUCAUCGAAGUUGCUGCUGGAACCACCUUCGACGGUGGUUGGGCAAGAUAUGAUCGUGGAUCCGGUGCUUGCGGUGGACAAACUGAAGGAGGCGACUCUGACGCCGUCUUUCUCCUCCAACCCGGAGCAACUCUACAAAACGUCAUCAUCGGCAAGAAUCAAGCUGAGGGUGUUCAUUGUGCUGGAGCUUGCACUCUCAAAUUCGUCUGGUUCGAAGACGUAUGCGAGGAUGCGAUUUCCAUCAAGAAGGACAAGGCUGGUGAUCAAUCAUGGAUUAUCGGAGGCGGAGCAUACCAUGCCUCGGAUAAAGUCGUCCAACACAACGGAUGUGGUACUGUCAACAUCAUCAACUUCUAUGUUGAGGAUUAUGGAAAGUUGUACCGAAGUUGCGGAAACUGCAAAUCCCAAUGUAAGCGCAACGUCUACAUUGAAGGCACGACUGCUGUCAACGGCGGUAUCCUUGCCGGUAUCAAUUCCAACUACGGAGACACGGCCACGUUGAAGAAUGUCUGUUAUGAUACCGCCCAUGCAUGCCAGAUGUUCACUGGAAACAACAAAGGCGACGAGCCCACCAAGGCCGGAUACUGCAGUGGAUAAUUUUUUCCAGAUGAAAAUUAUAAGGGGUGGAGGUAAGGAGUAUUUAGAGGGUGGUCGUCAAAGAAUGAUGGAUGGACUUUUUGAGCGAUGGUUGAAGGGUGAUUGAUGUUGUUGUCAUUGUUAUUUAUUUCCCUGUGGAUAUUUUUGAGAACCGAUUGAGUGUUUGUACAUACAGUAGAAAGCAAUA